AUAAAUUAAAGUCUUUGCCCUAUGACAUCAAUUUUGAUGUGGCGAUCUAGUGCAGCCAAAACGUUUUGUCACCAAUUUUACAUACGGUUUUCUUUUAUGUUGACCUAACUUUACAUUCAUGCUGUGGUGUUGCCGAAUAAAAUCGCAUAAAUUCUUCCUCAGCAUAAAAGUCUUAUCAUAACUCACACAUUCUGAACUGCCUUGUCUGUGUAUCUUUGAACGGAGCAAAGUGAAGUGGAACAUUUGCUUCAAGUUUACAUGUCAACAAAAACUUGCGUACCCAGAGUUCUGUUCGGUCAUCGUCUGUUUUGAUGUUUCCGCGAAACAGCUCCGCCUGACGUUUGCGGAUUGUCAAACGUCAUGAAUGUACACCAUCAUGUGAUGCCAGUACAUUAAUUAUUUAAUAGUGCAAGCAUAGAAAGCUCAAAGAAAAAGAAGAAAGAAAUAAGAAAAAAUGGGGCUGGUUAGCUAUGAAAUGCCAACUGUCCAUUGUGAUCUUCGUCAAGAAGAAAUGAUAAUCCAAAUUGCAGAUGCCUUAGAUUAUUUGAAUAAUGUUGUGAGUGACAUGUUACAACGGAUCGACUCUAAGAUAUCGAAGAGCAAGAUGAAAUUAAAUGAGCUGAAGCAGAGAGCAGCUGUGGCCAAUGCUAAAGUAAACAAACUUACUGGAAGUAAAAAAGCAACUAAAGUCCUUUCCAGUGCUAAGUAUCCAGCUAAAGAUGUUCACAAAAAUUAUGAGUCCAUAUUCAACAUAACCAAACCAUUGGAAUUUAAAUAUUCUGAUAUAAAUAUCAAAUCUAAACAUCAGCAUCCAGAUGCUUCUGAGUUGCAGGACAGAUUGCAGUUUUUUCAUGUAAAGGUUAGCAGUAAACUGUUAAGAAGAAAUAUGGAAAUUGCCCCUGAAGAAGGACUGGGGAGUCUCCCUAGUGAUGUGGACUCUAUUAGCUCCCUACUCCUAUUCAACACUUCUGAAAACCCGUACAAGCGUUAUGUCAUGCUGGAUCCUCUUGGUGCUCUAACAAAGUCUCGGCAAAUUUUGGAUGAAGACGAGCACCAUAUGGAAGCUGCUCCACUGUCAAUAUCUCAGCGGGAGCAGCUAGAGCACGAUACAGGAGAGAACUACUUCUAUUCACCAGAUCUUGGAGAGGUCCCACAAAUAGAUGUUCCGCUUGAUCUUCCUGACUUACCAGGAGUUGCCGAUGACCUCCGCUACAGUACGGAUUCAGAGCCUACGAUUGCACCAUCAGUUACUACAACCCCAGCCAUGCCAGACCUGCCUGGUCUGCUGUCAGAAACACCUGUUUCGUCAAUGUCUCUCCCGGAGCUUCCAGCAGUACCUUCGGCAGUUAUGGCAGUGCCUGAAGUUCCGCCAGCAGGGCCUCCCCUAUUCUCAUCCUCACCAGCCACUCAACCUCCAGCUACUGCUUCUCCUCCACCGCCUCCACCUCCACCCCCACCUCCUCCACCACCACCCCCUCCACCUCCACCUGCAUUACUUCCAGGUGAACACAACACCACCGUUCCUACGACUGUUGACUCUGUUCAGGAGCGUCCACCUCCCAAAGGUGACUCUGGUACUGAUGUCAGAGCUAACUUGAUGGAAGCUAUCCGAAAAGCUGGAGGCUCAAAAAAUCUCAGGUCUGUUAAAGACAGGAAGAUUGAAGCCAAGAAGAAAAAGAAUGAAGAGAAGCAGACUGGUGUGAGCAGCAGUGGUGGUGCUGGCAGCAAGCCACCUGAUGUUGGUGGUGGUGGCGAUUUCAUGGCAGACCUGCAUGCAAAAUUAGCAAUGCGAAGAAAGGGAAUAUCUGGUGCAAAAACAGAUUCCCCAGCAGCAGGUGUGAUGAGUAGGGUAUCUGCAAUGAUCCCGCCUCCAGAAGCAAUACCUGAUGCGGCUUCAGGAAGUGCAGAUUACAAUGAUGAUGACUGGGACUAACUGGAAUUUGCAUGUAAAAAGCUAUAAAUCUGUAAAUGCUAUUUAUUACCUAAAUUUGAUCAAGUUAAAUUUACAUUUUGAAGAUUUAUGGAGAUAUUUAGCAAAAUUGUGAAAAAUUUAUAUUUAUUGAGUUUGAAAUUAUUUGUUUCAUGUAAUCAUCGGAAGAAGCUUUAUUAAAUAGGUUAUAGAUUCAAAAUAUUUACAGUAUUUUUUUAUAUAUAGAUCAUGUUAAUUUAUGAUAUGUGCAUUGUAACAUAGCAAUUGUUAUACAAAUCAAGGAAAAUUGUUUUUUUGGUUAAAAUACCAAGUUGAAUUUAUACAUGAUCCAGUUGAAUGAUGGUGUUGUUAGUCUAAGGAGUGAAGAUGGGUGGUGAUCAGUGUUAAUUUGAAAUGUUCUUUAUAUGUGAAUUUUUUUUUUGACUGUUUUCAAUGUGACAAUGAACAAAACUAAUGUAUUGGAA